UAUCCUUCCAUCUCAGCAAACAAAGAGGAUAUCUGCACGCACACCCCAAGCUGUAGGUGUCUACUUCUUCGCUUGUCACAAGCCGAAAGAACUGGUACUUCACUGUUCAUCGUUUCAAGUCUUAGUCACUUGAUCUGACUAUUUUGAGGUAUUUUAACUAUAAUUAUCAUCAUCAUGUUCGGCUUGUUAAAAUUCAUGCUGUCCAUUCCUCGCGAGAAGCCGAUGACCAAAACAGAAAGAUUCACUCAGUGGUCCUGCCUACUCGCCUAUGUCAUCGGGGGCGCCAGCUUUCUCUUCGCCCCUCAGCUUUGGGCCUUCAUAUUGCAGCUGGACCUUCAGAACCGUUCUGAGGGGUACCUUCGUUUGGCGGGGCUCGGAGUGAUCGAAAUUGGUCUUAUUCUAAUGAUUGCAGCUCGCUCCAAUCGUAAGAUGUCCCCGCAUCAGGAAUGUCUGACUUCAGUUGUUGGUCGCUUGCUUUUUGUUGAUUCAAUACUUGUGAUGAUGAUCCUCAGAAACAUGCUGCCCCUCUCUUUCGCUCUGUUUUUCAUGGUCCUUGACUCGUCUCUCGCUCUCAUCACCCUAGUUAUUUGGUGCCGUGAAACAAACAGAGCCUCGAUUGGUUCUUUUUUCAGAGAGAUCUCCACACCAGUUCUACAGCCACGUAGGCCUCUAACAGCCACCUCUACGUCGGUCAUUUUCCUUCUCGGGGUCAUCCAGCUGUUUUUCUGGCUCGUGUUAGUUGUCAGGCCUGAUUUUGCACAACGGAUGUUUCAUUUGGAGCCAUUUCAGGGAUAUUCGAGAGGUUAUCUAGCCUCUUAUUUGUUCCUUAUAUCCGUGCACGGCUUAUACCACGUAGUGGGAGCCAGCAAUGUCAAUCAUUGCUUAAGCCCCGUCUUCACUAGUUACCGCGUCUUGAUCAACAUGCCGGUGUUGGUGAUUUUGUUUUUUGUUAACCAGAUCGAGCAAAACAUCUUUGUUGUGUUGACUAGUUUCGAUGUGUUUUAUUCUGUUGUGAUAACUAUCCCCGUGUGGCAAGAAAAGCGAUUCCAGAACAACGAAACUGAGGUGAUAGAAAUUUGAUUUGUUGGAAAAUUCCAACAAACACAAAACUGUACUCACUCGUGAGACAUCGAUUUGACAUACUGAGUUGAUCACGGAGAGAGAAAUUCGACAUCUACAAGCAAAAAUAUAUUAUUUUGUUCAUCAUAUAAACACCAUAGACAAGACAAUUCGACAAAUGACCUUGGAUUGAGCGUGGUGAACGCUUUGCCAUUCAUUCAUCAACCUGACAGAGUGGCGCGAAAGGCGAGUGUCGUGUCAGCAGCUGAUUGGCGAUAUCAAACACACGACAAAAUGACGUUAUUUUAAGUGUGCAGUCAUGGCUUUUCUCGGGGCUGGAAAUCCUUGUAAAACCGCAGUUCAUAUAAAAAUUAAUCAAAUUAAACCAUAACAAGA